UUUGCUUCCUGCCGCAACUGCCGGUGGCCGUUGUACGGCGGCCCUGCGCCCCGAACCGGGCUUCGUGUGGGAGAACGGGGUGAAGCGGCGGCUGGGGAGGAGGAGUUGGCGGCCCGGGCGGGAGGCGCAGACUCAUGAAAUGGCCACAGAUGAUAAGACUUCCCCAACAUUGGACUCUGCCAAUGACUUGCCUCGAUCUCCUGCUAGUCCUUCUCAUCUCACACACUUUAAGCCUUUGACUCCUGAUCAGGACGAACCUCCUUUUAAAUCAGCAUAUAGUUCAUUUGUAAAUCUCUUUCGCUUUAACAAAGAGAGAGCAGAGGGGGGCCAGGGAGAGCAGCAGUCUUUAAGUGGAAAUUGGACCAGCCCUCUGCUCCCUUCAAGAGCACAGUCUGUGAGGUCACCUACACCUUAUAAAAAACAGCUUAAUGAGGAACUCCAGCGGCGCUCUUCAACAGUAUUAGCAGAGAACAGUUUGCAACAUCCCCAGGAGAACACAGAAACAAGAAGAAAAGCAGAACCUACCUUUGGAGGUCAUGACCCUCGUACAGCUGUUCAGCUUCGAAGCCUCAGCACAGUAUUAAAACGCCUCAAGGAAAUCAUGGAGGGGAAAAGCCAGGAUAGUGACCUGAAGCAAUACUGGAUGCCAGAUAGCCAAUGUAAGGAGUGCUAUGACUGUAGUGAGAAAUUUACAACCUUUAGGCGCAGACACCAUUGCCGAUUAUGUGGACAGAUUUUCUGCAGUCGUUGCUGUAGUCAAGAAAUCCCAGGAAAAUUUAUGGGUUAUACAGGGGACCUCCGAGCUUGCACAUACUGUAGAAAGAUAGCCUUAAGUUAUGCUCACUCCACAGACAGUAAUUCCAUUGGGGAAGACUUGAAUGCUCUUUCUGAUUCCGCUUCCUCAGUGUCUGUCCUUGAUCCAAGUGAACCCCGAACACCUGUUGGGAGUAGAAAAGCCAGUCGCAACAUAUUUUUAGAGGAUGAUUUUGCCUGGCAAAGUUUGAUUCAUCCAGACUCCUCAAAUACUUCUCUUUCAGCAAGACUUGUGUCUGUGCAAGAGGAUGCUGGGAAAUCUCCUGCUCGAAAUAGAUCAGCCAGUAUUACUAACCUGUCACUGGAUCGAUCUGGUUCUCCCAUGGUACCUUCAUAUGAGACAUCUGUCAGUCCCCAGGCUAACCGAACAUAUGUUAGGACAGAGACCAAUGAGGACGAGCGCAAAAUUCUUCUGGACAGCGUUCAGUUAAAGGACCUGUGGAAGAAGAUCUGCCAUCACAGUAGUGGAAUGGAGUUUCAGGACCACCGCUACUGGCUGAGAACGCACCCUAACUGCAUUGUAGGGAAGGAGCUAGUCAACUGGUUAAUCCGAAACGGACACAUUGCUACAAGGGCGCAGGCUAUAGCAAUUGGACAAGCAAUGGUGGAUGGCCGUUGGCUGGACUGUGUCAGUCAUCACGACCAGCUUUUCAGGGAUGAGUACGCACUGUACAGACCCCUGCAGAGUACGGAAUUUUCCGAGACCCCUUCUCCAGACAGUGACUCAGUGAAUUCUGUGGAAGGACACUCUGAGCCAUCCUGGUUUAAAGACAUAAAGUUUGAUGACAGUGACACAGAACAGAUAGCUGAAGAAGGUGACGAUAAUUUGACUAAUUCUGCCAGUCCUAGCAAGCGCACCUCAGUCAGCAGUUUCCAGUCCACAGUGGACAGUGACUCAGCUGCAUCUAUCAGCCUGAACGUGGAGCUGGACAACGUGAACUUCCAUAUCAAGAAGCCCUCCAAGUACCCACAUGUGCCCCCUCACCCUGCUGACCAAAAAGAGUAUCUGAUUUCUGACAGUGGAGGACAACAGCUCUCAAUAAGUGACGCCUUCAUCAAAGAAUCCUUAUUUAAUCGUCGAGUCGAGGAAAAAUCCAAAGAGCUGCCUCUCACACCUUUGGGCUGGCAUCAUAACAACCUGGAGCUGCUGCGGGAGGAGAAUGGAGAGAAGCAGGCCAUGGAGAGGUUGCUUUCAGCUAAUCACAACCACAUGAUGGCACUACUCCAGCAGUUGCUCCAUAGUGAGUCAUUGUCAUCGUCUUGGAGGGACAUCAUUGUAUCACUAGUCUGCCAGGUUGUUCAGACAGUCCGGCCUGAUGUGAAGAACCAUGAUGAUGACAUGGAUAUCCGUCAGUUUGUCCACAUCAAAAAAAUCCCAGGUGGAAAGAAGUUUGAUUCUGUGGUUGUCAAUGGAUUUGUUUGUACCAAGAAUAUUGCACAUAAAAAGAUGAAUUCUUGUAUUAAAAACCCCAAAAUUCUUCUGUUGAAGUGUUCCAUUGAAUAUCUCUACAGGGAGGAAACUAAAUUUACUUGCAUUGACCCUAUUGUGCUGCAGGAAAGGGAGUUCUUGAAGAAUUAUGUUCAGCGAAUAGUUGAUGUUCGACCCACAUUGGUUCUAGUAGAGAAAACAGUAUCUCGGAUUGCCCAGGACAUGUUACUGGAACAUGGCAUUACUUUGGUCAUUAAUGUAAAAUCACAAGUUUUAGAACGAAUCAGUCGGAUGACCCAAGGUGAUCUAGUGAUGUCGAUGGACCAGCUGCUUACAAAACCCCACCUGGGAACCUGUCACAAAUUUUAUAUGCAGAUGUUUCAGUUGCCUAAUGAACAAACCAAAACAUUGAUGUUUUUUGAAGGCUGUCCACAGCACCUGGGCUGUACAAUCAAGCUUAGAGGAGGCUCUGAUUAUGAGUUGGCUCGAGUUAAGGAGAUCCUAAUAUUUAUGAUCUGUGUGGCUUAUCAUUCUCAACUCGAAAUCUCCUUCCUCAUGGAUGAGUUUGCUAUGCCUCCUACAUUAACCCAAAACCCUUCCUUCCAUUCUCUGAUUGAGGGACAGGAGGAUGAGGGGGCUGCACAAGAGCCGUUCAGUGGAAGUCCCCGCUCUCGGGAGCCCGACUUCCCGUCGGAGUUGCUGCCCUCUGAUGAUAGCAGUUUGCUCGAGUCCGGGCUUGUGUUUGAGAAGGGUGACCCGGAAAGAAAAAGUGUUCCACAGGAUGUUGCCUCUGUGAAGCACCAAGAGUACGCCAGUGCUGCUUGCCCAGCAGGCGUCCCCUGUGCUCUCUUUCCAUCCGUACCUGAAUCACUGUUGCCGCUCCACGUGGACGACCAGCAGGGAGCCCUAGGCACUGAGCAGCCUGAGACUUUGCAGCAAACAGAUGAGCUACAGGAUCCCAAAAGCCAAAUGAGAACGUUUAGAGAUCCUCUACAGGAUGACACUGGACUCUAUGUUACUGAGGAAGUUACCUCUUCUGAAGAUAAACGAAAGACUUAUUCUUUGGCCUUUAAACAGGAAUUAAAAGAUGUGACCCUCUGUAUCUCUCCAGUAAUCACAUUCCGGGAGCCCUUUCUUUUAACUGAAAAGGGGAUGAGAUGCUCUACCCGAGAUUAUUUUGCAGAGCAGGUUUAUUGGUCUCCUCUUCUCAAUAAAGAAUUCAAAGAAAUGGAGAGCAGGCGGAAGAAACAGCUGCUCAGGGACCUCUCUGGCCUUCAGGGCAUGAACGGAAGUGUUCAGGCCAAGUCUAUUCAGGUCUUGCCCUCGCAUGAGCUAGUGAGCACUAGGAUUGCCGAGCAUCUGGGCGACAGCCAGAGCUUGGCUAGGAUGCUGGCCGAUUAUCGGGCCAGAGGAGGAAGAAUUCAGAAAAAUUCAGACCCUUUUGCUUAUUCAAAGGAUGCUUCAGGUACUUCAAGUGGCAAAUCAGGAAGCAAAACUGAGGCCGAUGAAGAGAAAGGCUUGAUCCCAAGUGACGCAGUGUGGUCGUCAAAGGUGGACUGUCUGAACCCCGUCAACCACCAGAGACUGUGCGUGCUCUUCAGCAGCUCCUCUGCCCAGUCCAGCAACGCCCCGAGUGCCUGUGUCAGCCCUUGGAUUGUAACAAUGGAAUUUUAUGGAAAGAAUGAUCUUACAUUAGGAAUAUUUUUGGAGAGAUACUGUUUCAGGCCUUCUUAUCAGUGUCCUAGCAUGUUCUGUGAUACCCCCAUGGUGCAUCAUAUUCGGCGCUUCGUCCACGGCCAAGGCUGUGUGCAGAUAAUCCUGAAGGAGUUGGAUUCUCCAGUACCUGGAUAUCAACAUACGAUUCUCACCUAUUCCUGGUGCAGAAUCUGCAAACAGGUAACACCAGUUGUUGCUCUUUCCAAUGAGUCCUGGUCCAUGUCAUUUGCAAAAUACCUUGAACUUAGGUUUUAUGGGCACCAGUACACUCGUAGAGCCAAUGCUGAGCCCUGCGGUCACUCCAUCCACCAUGACUAUCACCAGUAUUUCUCCUAUAACCAGAUGGUGGCAUCUUUCAGUUAUUCGCCUAUUAGGCUUCUUGAAGUAUGUGUUCCACUCCCCAAAGUAUUCAUUAAACGUCAGGCCCCAUUGAAAGUGUCCCUUCUCCAGGAUUUGAAGGACUUCUUUCAAAAAGUUACACAGGUAUAUCUUGCUAUUGAUGAAAGACUUGCAUCUUUGAAAACUGACACAUUUAGCAAAACAAGAGAGGAAAAAAUGGAAGAUAUCUUUGCACAAAAGGAGAUGGAAGAAGGUGAGUUCAAGAACUGGAUUGAGAAGGUGCAAGCGAGGCUUAUGUCUUCCUCUGCCGAUGCCCCUCAGCAGCUGCAGUCGGUCUUCGAGUCCCUCAUUGCCAAGAAGCAGAGCCUCUGCGAGGUGCUCCAAGCCUGGAAUAACAGGUUGCAGGACCUUUUUCAGCAGGAAAAGGGUAGAAAGCGGCCUUCAGUUCCUCCAAGUCCUGGAAGACUGAGACAGGGGGAAGAAAGCAAGAUAAGUGCAGUGGAUGCAUCGCCACGGAAUGUUUCGCCAGGGAUUCAAAAUGGAGAAAAAGAGGACCGCUUCUUAGCAGCCCUGUCCAGUCAGAGCUCCAGCGGCUCUGCCCACCUGCAGCUGCCCACUCCCCCUGAGGCCCUGCCCGAGCAGCCGGCCGGAGGGCCCCCGGAGCCGGACACAGCCAGCGCUCCCGAAGAUGUGUUUGAUGGACAUUUGCUGGGAUCCACAGACAGCCAGGUGAAGGAAAAAUCAACCAUGAAGGCCAUCUUUGCUAAUCUGCUUCCAGGAAACAGCUAUAACCCUAUUCCAUUUCCUUUUGACCCCGAUAAACACUACUUAAUGUAUGAACACGAACGGGUGCCCAUUGCUGUCUGUGAGAAGGAACCCAGCUCCAUCAUUGCUUUUGCUCUCAGUUGUAAAGAAUACCGAAACGCCUUAGAGGAACUGUCCAAGGGGACUCUGCGGAACAGUGCCGAAGAAGGGCUUCCAGCAAACAGUACUUUGGACAGCAGACCAAAGAGCAGCAGCCCUGUUAGGUUACCUGAGAGCAGCGGAGGACAGACAGGCCGGACAGCAGAAGCAGAACCACAACCAACCAAAAAGGCUUCUGGAAUGUUGUCCUUCUUCCGCGGGACAGCAGGGAAAAGCCCUGAUCUGUCUUCCCAGAAGAGAGAGACCUUACGCGGAGCAGAUAGCGCUUACUACCAGGUCGGGCAGACGGGCAAGGAGGGCACGGAGAAUCCAGGCGCGGAGCCUCCAGAUGAAGUGGAUGGAGGAGACACACAAAAGAAGCACCUCACAAACCCUCACGUGGAGCUUCAAUUUUCCGAUGCUAAUGCCAAGUUUUAUUGUCGGCUCUACUACGCCGGGGAGUUCCAUAAGAUGCGCGAAGUGAUUUUGGGCAGCAGUGAAGAAGAUUUCAUCCGCUCCCUGUCGCAUUCGUCGCCCUGGCAGGCCCGAGGCGGCAAAUCGGGGGCCGCCUUCUACGCCACUGAAGAUGAUAGGUUCAUUUUGAAGCAGAUGCCUCGUCUGGAAGUCCAGUCUUUCCUCGACUUUGCACCACACUACUUCAGUUACAUUAUAAAUGCCGUUCAGCAAAAGAGGCCCACUGCAUUAGCCAAAAUUCUUGGAGUUUACAGAAUUGGUUAUAAGAAUUCUCAAAACAACACCGAGAAGAAGUUCGAUCUCCUUGUCAUGGAAAAUCUUUUCUACGGGAGAAAGAUGGCACAGGUUUUUGACUUGAAGGGCUCACUUAGGAAUAGGAAUGUGAAAACUGAUACCGGGAAGGAGAGUUGUGAUGUCGUCCUGCUGGAUGAGAAUCUUUUAAAGAUGGUGCGGGACAACCCUCUGUAUAUCCGUUCUCAUUCCAAAGCUGUGCUGAGAGCCUCGAUCCGCAGCGACUCCCACUUCCUUUCUAGCCACCUCAUUAUAGAUUAUUCUCUGCUGGUUGGGCGAGAUGACACCAGCAAUGAGCUGGUUGUUGGAAUCAUAGAUUAUAUCCGAACAUUUACAUGGGACAAAAAGCUUGAGAUGGUUGUGAAAUCAACAGGAAUUUUAGGAGGACAAGGUAAAAUGCCAACUGUGGUCUCUCCAGAGUUAUACAGAACUAGAUUUUGUGAAGCAAUGGACAAGUAUUUCCUGAUGGUACCAGACCACUGGACAGGUUUAGGUCUGAACUGCUGAAGUGAAGCACUUAUUUUGAAAGGGACCAAGAAGGGAAGGGGGCUGGAGCAAAGGACCAAAAAUAAGCUACGUUUUACUUCUCUGUCACAUUCGCCACUGUUGCCCGAGGCCUUCAGCUCUGUCUGUGCGGCCAUCUGUGCCCGAGGGGGAGAUCCGUGGAUUUGCACAUCGGCCACCCCAGGCCGGAGAGCUCCGCGACCGCUUUUCACUAGAGCAGAACUGUGGACGCACUUCAGAGGUCUGAGGACAGGGUUUGGUGAGCGAUGAGGAGACAGCGUGAGGAAUGGGUUGUCAUAUUUGCCAACAGCCCUGCUAAGAAAACAGUGUUUCAUAAAUUGUGACUCUCUUAGCAUCACAUUUGACACAUUCUCCACUUAAAAAACAUUUGUAGAGCUGGUAAAUUUUUUUGGCUUUGUUUCUUACGUAACAAUCUAAUGUUGCCUGUUACCAGAAUUUCUGAAACCUUUAAAAAUUUCUGAAUAAUUCUAU